CUCUAUUUAAUUAAGGGAUUUUCCGUCCUGAAUUUUGCGUUCCAGUAACAAAUUACAAAUCGAGAGACCUCUCUUUCUUCUUCUUCUUCUUCUCUGUGCUUCCCUUCAAGCCUGCCAAUUCGUCUCCAGCUAUAGCAGAGCUCGUCUUGGAGGAGGAGCGUGCGUGCUAGAUUUUUUUCUCCUUGUCUCAAUUCUAGAUCUUGAGAGGUCAGGUAGUAGCAGCUACUGAUUCCUGGAACCAACCAACCAUGAUGUCUUUCGAAAUGAAUGACCGCAAAAAAAUUGGGUUAGGGCUGACAGCAUUUGGAGUCUUUUUCUCCUUUUUGGGAGUUGUUUUUGUCUUUGAUAAGGGUUUACUUGCCAUGGGAAAUAUUCUCUUCAUCUCUGGGGUUAGUCUUACCAUUGGCCUCAAGUCUACCAUGCAGUUUUUCACCAAGCGUCAAAACUAUAAGGGAACAAUCUCUUUUGGUGCUGGCUUCUUCUUUGUUGUCAUUGGAUGGCCUAUCCUCGGAAUGAUGUUGGAGACCUACGGCUUUUUUGUACUCUUCAGCGGCUUCUGGCCAACCUUGGCAGUUUUCGCACAAAAGAUACCCUUUCUCGGUUGGAUCAUUCAGCAACCUUAUAUAAGAUCGUUCUUUGACAAGUACCGGGGCAAGCGUGUGCCCGUCUAGUCACCGCCCAAGUUGAGAGAAAAUUCACUGAGCUAGAUGCAGCAGAGCAAACGAUUAAAAUAUUUUGGAAGGAGAGGUUGGUAUACUUGUCCACAACUUUGGUAUAAACGUAAACCCGUAGGAGAAAGAAAAUAGCGUGGAGCAACUUGAAGAUUUGUACUUUUAAAAGACUAACUCAGUGACUUAAUGAUGGAUUGUAAUCGUUUUGGUUUAAAGUUCUUUUUUAAUU